AUGGAUGAAGAACACGAAGCUUUACACUAUGUUAUUUCUGGUCUACGUCCUGGUCAAACUGUGUGGGCGGAAUCUCUCGACGCGGUCAAUUUGUCAGCAGUGUCGGGUGGAGAUGCGACACUACCAUGCGAUACGCACUCGCCACAGCCACCCGACUCGUUACUGCUCGUUGUGUGGUAUAAAAACGAUCUACCAAUAUACAGUUACGACGGUCGUGUGAAAGGACCGACAGCGCACUGGGCAGACGCGUCUCUCGCGGGUCGAGCGAGAUGGCACGCUUCACCGCACUCCGCCCUACGCAUACGAGACGUUGUACCAACAGACCGUGCUCUCUACCGCUGUAGAGUUGACUUCAAAGUAUCUCCAACUAGAAAUUCAAAGUUCGUCUUGCAUGUUAUUGAGUUGCCUGAAAAGCCAAGAAUUUUCGACGAGGAAGACAAAGAAGUAGUCGGCAUCGCUGGUCCCUACGUAGAAGAUACCAGUUUGAAGCUUACCUGUGUUGUAAGUGGAGGCAAACCGAUGCCCCGGUUACGGUGGUGGCGAGAUGAUAAAGUCAUCUCGAAAUUGGAGCCAGUUGAAGAUGAAACUCGACUGAGUCUCCUUGAGUUGAGGAUACCCAAGCUUUCAAGAGAUUAUUUCGAAGCAGUCUACACGUGUACAGCGGAUAACACCGCCCUAGUGCCACCGUUACGUGUAAACGUUCAAAUUCAGUUAUAUUGUUAUACUGAUGUUGUAAUC